CCCGAUACGCACAACGUCUGCGUAAAUAAUAAACUCCUUGUGGGGCAUGUAUUCUUUAAUAUUUUCAGCGGUUUUCAAUUUUACUAACGCAACAUAAGACUGAAGGCCUAAUUAUUAAAAAAAAAAAACACUAAAUAGCGCUGCUCUGCAGGCCCUUUGCUUUUGACAGCUGUCCCAUCAUGCCCAUGACAUGAAACAACACCAUCAUCCAAAUGAAGCUAAAGCAGCUAGAGAGCCACUUACAGCAGGUAGACGUGUUUGAGAAGCCCAAGAUUCUCCUGGAGCAGUACCCGACCAGGCCUCAUAUUGCAGCAUGCAUGCUGCACACAAUGGAUGCUCGAUACGGUGACCUCCAGGGUAAACUCAUCGCUGAUCUGGGCUGCGGUUGCGGCGUGCUGAGCAUAGGGGCUGCCAUGCUGCAAGCAGGCCUGGUCAUCGGCUUUGACGUUGACGGGGAUGCCCUGGACAUCUGCGCACAGAAUGUAGAAGAGUUUGACCUGGGGUCAAACGUCGACCUCAUGCAGUGUGACCUGACCUCGCUGGAGUCCGGGCGCUGGGCCAAAAUAUUUGACACAGUCAUCAUGAAUCCACCAUUUGGAACCAAGCACAACAAAGGCACCGACAUGGUGUUCCUAAGAAAAGCUCUAGACAUGGCGAGCACUGCAGUUUAUUCUCUCCACAAAACAUCCACACGAGAGUAUAUUGAGAAGAAAGCCAAGGAAUGGGGCACGCAUAUGGAAGUCGUUGCAGAAUUGCGAUUUGAUUUGCCGGCAAGCUACAGGUUUCACAAGCAAAAAUCAGUGGAUAUUGAGGUGGACUUCCUGAGAUUUUCUUGGCCAGGUUCAUCCAAAGCUUCUGGAAUGUCGUGGACAGUUCAACAUGGCCAUGAGGCCAGUGCCUUGCCUAGGUGACGGCAAAGAUAUUUCAAUCCCGACACCCAACAGCGAGUUGGUUAUUAAUCCAGCACGAUGAGAUUUAGCAUUUCAAGUGUCCAGCCCGCCAGCUGCCACAGGAUCCAACUGUCCAACAGUGACAUCCUUCGAUGGGACUAGCUCCCAUUUUCUUAGAGUGGUCUCCAUGCAUGAAGGGGAGAUCAAUUUUUUUUUAACUGCGCAAAAAUUUCCCGUUGAGAAUCAACUCUUCCACGUGCUUUAUGACACGUGUGUCACGGUGCUGCUGUGGAGACCAUCACAAGACCAAACCAAAAACCAAUAUGAAGACCAGUCCCAAGUCACAGAGUGAAAUGUCAAAUGAUAAUUGAAUGUUUUUGAUGCAGUUUGUUUGAACAGCUUGUGACUUGAAUUCAGACUGGAGGUCUUCUGUUGGUCUCAUGAAGGUCUUAAGUGGUCUCGACUUCAGUUCAGACAGGUGUGUUGUCUUGUUGGGUCAUGUUGUGGUCCGAAGGGGUUCAAACUACAACAGCGGUGUGGCAAGUUUGGGGGGGGGGAAUGGGUGCAUGGUGUGUCUGCACUGGCAUUUGAUUGUUAUUAUUGUUUAUUCGACCUGAACAUUGUUAUGCAAAAUAGCAGAGAACAUAAAUAAAAAGGUACACAAGAGAUAAAUUGUAGCAGUCUAAAACAGGACAAACAGGGCAGGGCAGAUGAUGGGAAGCAAAACAAACAAGCAGAUAGACAAACAAAAGCCAUCCAAGUCGGCCUGGACAAACAGAAGCGUACUAAACACUGAGACCCAGAGGCCUGUUUCUCCAGACAAAAUGGCUUUUGAAAUAAAUAUUGAUAUUAGAAAAAUAUACAUAUAUACAUGUCAUGAUAUACAUCGUCUCAACCUCUGCGUUAGUCAUCAGUGAGGAGGUGGUUGUGUGAGAGUGGAUUAGCAGGUUUGUUGCUGCUGUUGACUGUUGCACCCUAGGCGAGGCAACAAGGUCCCACAGAUAUGUACAUCUGUCGCACCUUGCUGCAUUAUGCAAGCCUGCCGAAGGUGACUGUUGAGGACUGCUUGUCGUCUUGUGUACAUGUAUAAUGACAUUAAAGAAAUAGCAAUGAAAAAAGUUAA